AUGCUCCCACUGGCAGGCAUGACUGCAACACGCAGCUAAGAGUAGCUCUGUUAAAGAAGUGCCAGUGAGCAGAGGGAUCUGCAGAAAGAAGAGCUUGUGCUGUGACUCAACCAGAAAGUCAGGAUUUUUGAAUAUUAUGGAAAAAGUCUGGAUCAGAGAUGGACAGUCCUAAAAAGCCACAAAGGUUACAGCUGUCUAAAUCAGAAGCUGACAAUGGCAAUAUUAAUCUCCCAGAAAAACGCUCACCGAUCUCCUCUAGGAUCUGGCAGGAAGAAGACCCUACAUGCAGUGGAGAGGAUUUUAGCAUGCGGAACUUUUGCAUCAGGGUGCAAAGUGAUCAUGAAUUAAUGGAGGGAAGUUUCAGCUUUGAUCUGGAUGGAGACAGCAUUUUAAGAGCCCGAAGAGAAAACUCUGUGGAAUCCGUUAGUCACCUUCCAGUUCAAGAACCUAAACAUGGGGAAUUGUCAUUUAAUAAAGAUUAUGGGCAUUCAGAUUUAAACAGAUGGGACACAGGUAAAUUUCAGGACAAGAGAUCUCAAGAGUGUCCAUACACUACCUUAGAGGAAACAUCACAGAAGGACAAUUCAGUGGUUUGCAAAAUAGAUCCAAAAGGGGAUGAAGGUAAACAGCACAGUCUUAGCACUACAAUUAAUCAGCAGCCCAAUUCAGAUAAUGAUGUAGCUGGAGAAGGACAUAUAUCUGAAUCAUUGUUAACAGAGAGCAAAGCCACUAAGGUGCCUGAACAAAACAUUGAAAAACAUUUAGAUUUGGAAUCUUCUACUUGUUCUUCCCAAACUUUACAUGAAGUGGAGCCAGACACAAAAGAAACACCCAAGGAUGUUCCAGAGUCAGCAUCAUACAGAAACAAAGUCAAUACAAUCAAAGAACAAACAGAAGUCUUGCCAAAUCCUUCUUCAGAUGAAAGUAAAAAUAUUAGUCCUGCAGAUAAAAGCUCAGAAGAUGCAUUAACAAAACCAUCUAGACAAGACAUUGAAACAACAACAAUUCACGAGGAAGCACCACUGAUCUCAAAAGAAGGGGGUACUUCCUUGACUGAGUCUAAUCAAAACACUAAUGCAAUAUCUGACCAAUUGACAUGCAGAUCUAUUGCAGUAAGUCCCAUUGUUCCUCCAGAAGGUAACCUGUCUUUUACCUUUCAAACUGAAACAAGAAUUCCAGAAUCAUCAAAUAUACAAUACAGAACUGUGGCUGUGAGCCCUUUUGUUUUAGGAGAAGGAAGCUCAUCAUUCUCAUUUCAGAGUGGAACAGCUGCCAAUAUACAAUAUAGAUCUGUGGCUGUAAGUCCCAUUGUUCCAUCAGAUGGAAGCUCCACCUUUACUUUUCAGAAGGGAAUUGACACCCAGGAGACCUCUAAAUUACAAUAUAGAUCUGUAGCUGUAAGUCCUAUUGUUCCUCCGGAAGGAAGUUCACCAUUCACUUUUCAAAGUGGCAUGGGAAAUCUGGAAAAACCAAAUGUACAGUAUAGAUCUGUGGCUGUGAGCCCCAUUGUUCCACCAGAAGGAAGCACAUCAUUCACUUAUCAAAGUGGAUUAGGGACUCAAGAAAAACCCAAUGUGCAGUAUAGAUCUGUGGCAGUGAGUCCUUUUGUUCCACCAGAUGGAAGCUCAUCUUUUACUUUUCAAAGUGCAAUGGGUACUCAGGAAACAUCAAAUGUACAUUAUAGAUCUGUGGCUGUGAGUCCUAUUGUUCCACCGGAAGGAAGCUCAUCGUUCUCUUUUCAGAGUGGAAUGGGUACUCAAGAACACUCUAAAGUACAACAUAGAUCAGUGGCUGUUAGUCCAUUUGUUCCAACUGAUGGAUCUUCAUCCUUUACAUUUCAGUCUGAGCACAACUCCCAGCCUGCCAAAGAUCAGACAGAUUCGUCAAAUCUUUCCAAAGUCUAUGCUUUUGAAUUAGCUCCUCCCAAUCAAGGUGCUGGAGCUGAGACCAGAGUUGAGUGUCGAUCCAUUGCAGUAAGUCCAAUAGUUCCACCUGAUGAGUCUACAUUUACAUUUCAGAUGCAGCAAAUUCUAUCAAACACAGCAAUGGGUUAUCAAAAAGACAGUUUAGACUUACUUUCGAAAACAUAUUCUUUUGAACUAACACCUCCGAAUCAGGAUGUGGGAAUCCAGGCAGACAUCAGAGCAGAAUGCAUUUCAGUUGCUGUGAGCCCAAUCAUCCCACCUGAUGCAUCUUCGUCUUUCAUAUUUCAGUCGGAUCAAACACAAAAGGAAUGGACAGUUAGCGGUUAUAAAAACAAGCCAGAUUGUGAGUUGCUUACACCAAAUAAUCAAGAUAGUAGUAGAAAGGCUAACACUACAGUGCAAUAUGUGUCAGUAGCAGUAAGCCCUAUUGUACCACCAGAUGAAUCCCCCACUUUUACCUUUCUAGCAGAGAGAACAGGUCAGGAAGUUGCUGGAAACCAGGGCAGAACAAAAGAUGGUCAACAUAUAGAUAAUCUUUCAGAAACCUGUUCAUUUGAGCUCAUUCCCCCUAAUCACGAUGCAGUUCAGGAUAGCCGAGUGGAAUAUAAAUCUGUUGCAGUAAGUCCUAUAGUGCCACCUGAGGAGUCUUCUUUUACUUUCCAAAGUGAAAAUAAAAAAAAUGAUUCUUACUUUAUGACACACUCCUUUGCAGAAAAGGAUGGGAAAGAAAACUCUAACAGUGUUAAUGUUCUCUCUGAAACAUACUCUUUUGCAUUAAAGCCUCCCUGCCAGGAUAUUGGGGUGCAAACUGAUAAUAUAUCUGAAUUUGUUUCCAUAGCCGUUAGCCCAUUUGUGUUUUCCCAGAGUCCUGGGACUUUUACAUUCCAAGCAGAGGGGAAGCAUCAAGAAUUGGCCUCAAAACAUCAAGACCAGACUAAAGAGAAUAGGAGCUGCCAAAUUCGAGAUUUUGGGACUCAGACUGACAAUACUGUACAGUGUACAUCAAUAGCUGUUAGCCCGUUUCUACCUACAGUAGAAUCAUCUUUCCAUUUUCAAACUGACAGCCCCUGUCAAAGCUCUCUAAAUGGAACAUGUUCACAUGUUGUAGAGAAGCCAGUGAUGAAAGAUGCUGAGAUGCAGGUGUCCUUUUCAGCAGAGAUGACAUCCGUUGCAACAGAUCCUAUGACACCUAUACGUAAAUCCCCUCAGACUUCUUACCCUGAGGUGCAAGUUAAAGCUAAAGGAGAUCACCCAGAACCGGUGCGAGAAGUCAGCUGGGAUGAAAAAGGAAUGACAUGGGAAGUUUAUGGAGCAUCCAUGGAAGUAGAAGUACUAGGAAUGGCCAUACAGAAACACCUGGAAAAACAAAUUGAGGAACAUGGGAGACAGAAAGUGAUGACACCUCAGAAUACAAGAGGUAGUUCUGUUCAUGGUGCCUCCUUUAGGAGUGAGGGAAAGCGCCAACCUGGUGCUUUCCGUACAUUUUUCCACAGGCGACCCCAUUGCUGCUCAGGGGCUGGCCCAGCAGUAGAAUGA